AUGUCGACUUCCAAACCCCACAUCGUCAUUCUUCAUGGUGCUUGGCACUCACCCACCUACUGUGCUAAGAUAACCGCCCUGCUUCAACACCACCUGUAUGUGGUGCAUGCUCAACAACUCCCAUCUGUUGGGUCCCAGUCCCCGCCUACAGACGAUGCUCAAGAUGUUGCUGCUGCGCGCGCACUUGUUGACGAUGCCAUCGCAAAUGGCAACGACGUUGUAGUCAUAUGCCACAGCUGGGGUGGGACUGUUGCUGGAAGCGCCCUUGUAGGCUACAGUAAGAAGGAGCGAGCAGAGAAAGGUCUGAAAGGCGGGGUCGUGAAGGUCGGGUACAUGUGUGCAUUCAUGAUUGAUGAGGGUAUAAGCCUGCAGGGCGCAAUUGGGGGUGACCACCCGCCUUGGACCGAGGUGGAUGGACCCUUUAUCACAGCCAAAGAUCCCAGCGUGUUCUACAAUACUCUUCCGGAAAGCGAACAGGCAUACUGGUUCUCGCAACUCCAGACUCACAGUCUUGCAACCUUCGAUACACCUACUACGGGUGCGAGCUGGAAGACUAUUCCUAGUUCUUUUUUGUUGUGCGAGCAAGACAGGGCUAUUCCUGCGCCGUUCCAAGAGGCCAUGGUCAAUGCAGCGAAAGAGAAAGGCGCACAGGUGGAUCUUGUUAGGAUGGAUAGUGACCAUUCGCCGUUCUUGUCUAAGCCCAAGGAGACUGUGGACUGGAUCAGGAGCGUGGCUGGUGAACAAUAG